AUGCACCCUGAAUAUUGUCCUGAAUUGUGGGAAUUCAAGUUCCUACCUGGCCUUAGCUCUUACCAGUGGGGCUGUGCGGGUGGAAGGGUACUCACGAUCGACGGCAAUGUCAGUCCGGCGGUGCAGACUGUGCGUCUCAUAGAGACUGGUCUGAAUGGCGGAAAAUCGAUGGCUGUUAGUGAUCUUUCUCAACCACCAGAGCUCAAAACACUGGAGGAGUGGGUUUGGGACCACGUCAACGAGAGCAACAUCAGGUUCGACACAAAAACACCAUGUCAACACGUCGAGGCGAUCUUCGCUGAAGCCGAAAAACUGAUCCAGAGCGGACACGUGGCGAAAGGUCAAGCGAAAUUCGAACGUGUCAAAGAAAUCCUUGGUUCCCUUGAGCCAGCGCGAUACCUCUCGGCUCCACGGCAUUUCCCUGAGGCUGUACAUCCGGAGAUGCAGGCCAGAUUGAGGUGGUCUUGCUUUCGGCUCUGCAUGAUGAAAACUACCAUCGAACGUCGUGGAGUCGACUACACUCGCGACCGGUUUUACCAGCCUCAAGACCUGCUCGAAGCACAAUGGGCAUACCUUCACGCCUGGCUUGCUCUCCAGGGCCAAGGUGACGUCCCAGUUUGUCGCGGGUAUACGGCUCGUGUCAUCUUUCGCCAAGCCGAGUUGAAAUUCAUCUUGAAUUAUUGCAGCGAUGAGAUCAGCCCCCUUCUUUGCAAGGCUGCAUUAUAUGCAGCUCCAGAUCAUUGUCUUCCGCCCAAUGCCCAGCCUUCUAAAUCUGCUGCCUGGGUCCAUCACUAUGUACACGGCGACGAUGCUGGGAGAUUUGGAACCCGCACCCGGAUCCCCCGUACCAUGGACGUGGGUGGAAAAUAUGCUCGGUGCCGGACCAGUGGGAAGCAAAGUUCCGUCGCGUGA